AUGAGGUCGAACGAACUAAGAUCAUCCUCGUCAACACUGUCGGCGGCACCUAGUUUGGUAACGAUGAGCAAACCUAGCUUGAACAACAGCAAGGCGAGUCUAACACACAGUCGGCAGACCGUUUCCGAAUCCGACAAAGAGCCAAAACCACCAACGCGAGAAGAGAUCAUCGCUGAGUUUCUGGAGAAAGCCAAGUUCUACACAUCACUGUGUCUAGGAACGACCGCUAUUCUAUCAGUAUUUGCGUUUCUGUUCCUGAUACCAUUCGUGGUAGAUCCGGCCAUAUCUACCAUCGUAGCCGAUUACGAUCCUGUUCCAGUGACCUGUAUUUUGACCGAGCACGUGUAUGGCGAAGGGAUGCGCAACUGUACCUGGAGCUCGUGUCGAGAAGGCUGUACGACUGCAGCCAUCCGUUGUCACCAGAUACUGGUCAACUAUUCUAAAAUUGCAUAUCACGAAUGGCAAAAAGAACCACGAGACCUAAACAAUGUAGAAUGGGACGUAAUGGACACCAAGUUUCUCGUAAACACUGAAGGAUGUGGUUACCCACCAAGGGUAAACUGUACGGAAUUCGCAAAGAAAUAUGUGAAUACUCAGGAUGGAAAACCCUUUCCUUGUUACUAUAGUCGUGCCUAUCCCGAAAUGGUGGUGGCUCGCUAUUCUUGGGAUGACAAUCUGAAGCAUCUGAUUCUUUCGCUAAUCAUACCAAAUGUGCUCUUCGCGGUUUCGAUCGGUGUGCUUAGCUAUUGGUACUGCCCGUGCUGUGACAAGGCUUGCCAUAAAUCGCCCCGCGUCUACGCAGAAAAGUAUCCUACUAAGGAAAACAAACUUCUGUGCCGUAGUGACGACGAGGAAGACGAACUAGACUACUGAAAGUUUAUUUUCGAUUUUACAUCACGCAGCAGCUGAUUUAACCAACUUAUAAAUCGACAUUUUUCAUACACGCCACCAAUUCACGACAAUAUUUUUUCUCAGUUCGUUUUCACACCAAACCUCCGUCGUCAAACGAAAUUGGUGCAAAAUUUUGUCCAUUGUCAAGAAAUCAGGAGCAGCAAUCAUUUUGCAGUUUUGAAAGUAACAGUUUUGAGUAUCUAGUUUGUUUCUAGAUUUUGUUAAGCAUUCUCUUGCUGCAUGUUCACUCAUUUUGUUCGGCAGAUAAAGCACCAUUAUCAGAUGCUCAUAACUUUUUCUUUAAAUUAUAAGUGCUUCAGCUUUUUUUUCCAAUUGCUUAGAGCUAUAGGUUGUGACGACAGUAAAAAUACGUUUCACCUAUUAUCAACCAAAUAGGUAUUAAUUUUCUUACGCUAGAUGAAGUCUAAGAAAAUUUGAAUCCAUUCCAACAGCAUGAAAAUGUUUCAGCAUAGUCUGCUAAUCGUAAAACCGAUAACUCAAUGUUAAAGCUUCGUCAGUCAGCUGAUCAGCUUCCUGUAAAUAUUGUAUAAAGUAAAAAUGAUUCUGUUCCAUCAAUGUAAAUAAACCGGAUACAGAGUAGAUCAAGUCGUGAUAUGAAUAUUUUCUGCCAAAUGUAAUAUCUCGCUAAUAGUUUUUGCAUCGAAAGUAAAAAUGCUAGAUAAAUACCAUUAUUUUAUCACCGCGUAUCGUGAUGAAUUAUUCUUAAAUAAAGGAACAAAAUUUUGCAUCCCCAAUAUUUACAAGAACAGCGCAAGUCCGUUUCAAACUUUUUCCUACUGUUACUUUAUUUCAAAUUACUCUAACAUAAAUAUAUUUAAUCUUUUACCUUCUUGCUUUACUUUGAACAAAUAUUAUCCCUAACCUACUUGUUUCUUUCUGUUUCCUCCCUUUACCUACUCUCACCACUUCCAUUUCGUUGAUUUUCGAUAAUCACAACAACAUCCGACACACCACACAAAACUGGCACUACAGUAAGGAAUCUUGGAGCAUUGAGUAUCCUCAAGAUUACAUCACUAAAAUUUGAGACCAAGCAGCUUCGCUGGAGCAAACAUUGGAAUCAACGCAAGUGACAACACUGGAUCAUGGCUAGUCGCCGCCGGCCAAAGUGUUUUCAGUUCUCGUCAGCAAUCAUCGUCAAUGUAUUUGUUUUAAUUUUAUGGAUUCCCAACAAACAUAACUUUUCUUUUCCGGUAGCGUUUUAACGAAUAUGUUGAAAAUAUCGUGUUUUAGAUAGAUACAGAAAACGAAAUCCAAAGAUCUAAUUCUAUAUAGUAGAACAGUUUAUAUUUUUAAAGUCCGCUAACAUUUGUACGCGAUCUCAAAAGUAAGGUCAACCAACGUUAUGCGCUUCAAAGUUAAAUAUUUUUGAUUCGAUAAAUACUAGGUGAGCUAACAAUAUAGGAAAACCUAUCACUCGAAAACAAGAAUGAGUAUCGAGAUGAAAUCUUUUACAAAAUAACAAUUACUAGCAGAUACUGUCACGCUUGACCAUUGAAAUUCAGUCUUUGAAAAUAGUGAUGAUACGAUUAUAAGGAAAAAUUCGCACAUGAGACAGAUUUGUAAUUUUUGAGAAAUCAGAGAACUUUAUGAUAUAAUAAAAAAAAGCAUCGCUUUAAAAGAUUAA